AUGCCGCGGGCUUUCCUGGUCAAGAAGCCGUGCGUGUCCACGGGCAAACGCAACUGGAGCGAGCUCCCAGACGAGGAGCGGGGCGAGAUCUACGUGCCGGUCAGCCUUGGCUUCUGCCCGCCACAGCCCUACCAUGACCUGGAGCCUUCGGUGGCCGAGCCGCCUUCCUGCCCGCUGGCCCUGGACAUGAGCCUUCGGGAGCCUGGCUACGGCACAGCCCCCGGGCCCUGCGUGGUGGCCCAGCUGCCGGCAGAAGACAUGGGUUGCUUGACGGACUCACAGGCUCAUGACCACGGCUUUCUGCGGCCCAAGAUGAAGGUGACCAUGGGGGACAGCCCGAGCGGGGACCUCUUCACCUGUCAUAUCUGCCACAAGGCCUUCACCUACCAGCGCAUGCUUAACCGCCAUAUGAAGUGCCACAACGAUGUCAAGAGGCAUCUCUGCACCUACUGUGGGAAGGGCUUCAAUGACACCUUUGACCUCAAAAGACACGUCCGCACACAUACCGGCGUGCGUCCGUACAAGUGUAGUCUGUGCGACAAGGCCUUCACCCAGCGCUGCUCCCUUGAGUCUCACCUCAAGAAGAUCCAUGGGGUGCAGCAGAAAUACGCCUACAAGGAACGACGGGCCAAGCUCUAUGUGUGUGAGGAGUGUGGCUGCACCUCUGACAGCCAAGAGGGCCACGUCCUCCACCUCAAGGAGCAUCACCCUGACAGCCCACUGCUAAGGAAGACCUCCAAGAAGGGAGCUGGAGCCCUGCAGAACACAGUCACUGCCUUGCUGCAGAACAACCACCAUCUCUAA